GUGACCAGGACUGGCUUAGAGUUGUGGCUGUCGUCACCAACGGUGAGGAAUGGGAAUUCCACGGCUGGCCGUUUGGCUCAGUGGUUGACCUCCUGUGCACCAUCAAGGGCUUCUACUUCCGCGAGAAGGACAGGUUUGUUGAGAUGCCGGACCAUGUGCACAAAUGGCAGGUCAGCGUCUUGGACUUGCCUCCGAAAAAUUUGCAGCACCGCUCUGCUCAAGUGAGAGACACCUUUUGGAAAGAGGUGGAACGUUUCAUGCUCUCCGCCAGGGUCAAGAACUUCAAGGAAACUCCAUUGGACGUGUCCAACUCGACCAACUCCAGAAGAACAAUGAAAUUGCCAGUGCUUUGACGUGCUUUGACAUGGACGCCAGGCCAGGCUGUGAAGGCUGUGAAACCUGCAAAUGCUCUGGAAAA